GGUUGGCUGUUGCUGCUGCUCUUACGGCAGUUGUGGCCCGCCAUUACAGUGAAACUAUCUAUUCCCUGUGGAAAAGGUCGUACCUAAGUACUGUUCCUGAGUGCUCAUCCUCAUACUGGUACUGUGACUGCUGCUGCUGCUGCUGCUACUUUGAGAGGGUGCCGAAGAAGAAAAGAAAAUGGCAGAAGCUUUCCCGGAAUCUGCUGGAUUUCUGCAGGAUAAGCCUCCUAUGACGCCAGUGAAAACUGACAACGCACGAUCAAUUCGCAAGAAGUCAAGAAGGAGGAAUCGCAAACCCAAAACAAAUUCACCGGAACAGGAUAUUAACCUGGAGGCCCUGAAGCUACAUGACCCCAACAUCAUCGACAUUACUGACUUCACGGGCCAAGUCGUGCUCUACACCUUCAUCCAGGACAUGCAACAGUGGGAGAAGACAAGCAAUGGUGGAACCUUAUUUGUCUACAAAAGGUCAAAGUCUCCUUGUUAUGGUUUUACAAUUGCGACUCAACCGGACAUUUUCUGUCUAUUGGAACAAGUGAACAAAGAUUUGGAAUUUCAACUUGAUGAACCAUGUAUUCUUUAUAGAAAUUCAAAAAAGUCAAUUUACAAUAUCUAUUUUGAGGACAAGAGGGACUGUAUGCGCAUUGCACACUUCAUGUUUGAAGCUGUGCGACAGGAAACUCGACUGUACCACCAACUUAUUCGUGCCGGACAACUUGCCAGCCAAGAUCCUGAUGAUGAUGAAAGUCAACAUGUUGAUGUCCUGGAAAUGCUGGUUAAAGCCCGGGAAGAAUAUGAACGAAAACAUUCUCCUGGCUUGAGCAGCUUGAGCCCCCAGUCAAACCCAAGAGUCCCAGAAGAUGGUCCUCUCCCAGAACCAAGAAACCUAAGGUCUUCAGUAAAAGUGCUUCCAGUGGUUCCCAGACUUCCAGACAGGCAGGUUCACCUUCCCCAGUUGGUUACCCAGCAACCAAGUCCAAUGCCUCCUCCGAUCCUUUGGUCUCCUCAUGUUUUCCAGUCGCCACCCUCAGAGUACCCUCUGCUCCAGAGUCAUGCCAGCUCCCCUGCUCCAGAAGCUGCUUUACCACCUAUCCGGACGUAUCGUCCCAUCAUUCUCAACAAGUCUGAGCUCCAAGAUACACUGAUUUAUCUAUUAAGGAAUGAUUCCAGCUUUCUCAACACGCUGCAUGAUGUCUACCUGCAAAUUCUGUCCAAGAGUCUGAGUGAUGUCAAAUUGUAAUUGGAUCUAAAUGAUAUUGAAAGUAUACCCAUGUCAAAAGCCAAUGUGCCUCCCUCAGUAACAUUUUUUUCAUGUUUUAAGGCAAUUCUUUGUUUUCAAAGUUUUGAAAUGGAAUCUUAAUGUUUUGAGUAAUAGUCUCAGAAAUACAUUUCACUGUGAAGCUUCACCAGCAAAUAUUUGUUUUAAUGAAAAAGUGAACAUUUGUGUUGAAUUUCAUUUGUAUCUGCAUGAAGAAGGUAUGCAAGAUGCAGUUUUAAUUUCUCAUUUUCAAUAGUUCAGGAAAGUAAAUGAGGAAAACCUGUUCCCUCCUGGAAGGAAAUUGCUUACUGUUGCUAAGAGAAAAAGUGGUCAUUUACUUCCAAGAGAGACAAAUUUUAUUCAUUGUGAACCUUAGCAUUUGACCCAAUAUUUGUACUCUGAUCAAAAUUUAUCUGUGUGCAAAAACAGCUUCCAGUUUUUGAACAUCAAGGCUUGAGCUGGAAAGCAAUCCGAGACUCAGAACUCCAAGUUCUGACAGCUCAUGGUAAGAAUUGAGUUUAGGGCUACAAAAUUGUUUUCCCCAUUCCAUCGCAAAGCCUGUUUUGUAGCAUGCCACAUUUUGCAGCAUUCUGCCUGGCACCCAACUCUAGGCGAAGCCCAGUUUGGUUAAAGCCAAAACUCUGUUAGGUGAGGGGGAAAUAUGUUUCUUUUCAUAGGUGAAGGGUACUGCAGCAUAAUCUAAUGCUUUUUCUCCUAUGUAAAAAAGUAAAAGUUAAAGUAAAAAAAAAAUAAAAAGUGUAAGGUUAAAAAAAGUUUUAAAAAAGAAAAAGUUUAAAAAAAUUGUGUUCCUUGACACUUUAACAAAAGGCCAGUGGAAUAAUACCUCCUAUUUGUUCUACAUUCCACAGUUGUGCUGAUAGGUAUGUAUUUCAAGCCAUGCAGAAAAGGAUUAGUUUGUUAUCCUUUUCCCUCAUUUGUUAGUGUCAUUGUUCAGAAAUUUGAAAGUCUACAUUAAGUUUUGCCGGUUUGCUCAUUAGGUUAAUAUUUCUCCAUUUCCAGACAGAAGUGGGGAAAUGAUGUGCUGCAACCUUUUGUGAUUUGUUUAUUAUUUUAGGACUUAUUGUGUUAAGUAUUGUUUUUAGUUAAAAUAAUUUCUAUUUAUUUUAUAUAUUAUCUUGUGAUAUUUAGCCCAUUGAGA